UCCGCUCGUCUUUAUAAGCCUCCGAGAGCGUGAGUGGCAGCCGCAAAGAACUUCCAUUUCCUUCUUCCAAUCCGACAGAGUCAGAUAAGAGCUAAAAAUGGUGACGAUCACGAGCGUCAAGGCCCGCCAGAUCUUCGACAGUCGCGGAAACCCCACCGUUGAGGUGGAUCUUCGUUGUGACGACGGUACCUUCGCCAGAGCUGCUGUCCCCAGUGGUGCAUCCACAGGUGUAUAUGAAGCACUGGAGUUGAGAGAUGGAGGAUCAGAUUAUCUUGGAAAGGGUGUUCUGAAGGCUGUUGAGAAUGUGAACGCUAUAAUUGCUCCAGCACUGAUUGGGAAGGACCCUACUGAGCAAGCACAGAUAGAUAAUUUCAUGGUCCAGCAGCUUGAUGGCACACAAAACGAAUGGGGCUGGUGCAAACAGAAGCUUGGUGCCAAUGCUAUUUUAGCAGUAUCACUUGCUGUAUGCAAAGCUGGUGCAAGUGUGAAGAAGAUUCCUCUCUAUCAGCAUAUUGCAAAUCUUGCUGGAAACAAGAACCUAGUUUUGCCGGUGCCUGCAUUCAAUGUUAUAAACGGAGGAUCACAUGCAGGAAAUAAGCUGGCUAUGCAGGAAUUCAUGAUUCUUCCGGUGGGGGCUGCCUCUUUCAAGGAAGCCAUGAAGAUGGGUGUGGAAGUUUAUCACAAUUUGAAGGCUGUCAUUAAGAAGAAGUACGGACAAGAUGCCACUAAUGUUGGAGAUGAAGGCGGUUUUGCUCCCAACAUCCAGGAGAACAAGGAAGGCCUUGAACUUUUGAAGACAGCUAUAGCUAAAGCUGGGUAUACUGGCAAAGUUGUAAUUGGCAUGGAUGUUGCUGCUUCAGAAUUCUAUAGCGAAAAGGAUAAAACUUAUGAUCUCAAUUUCAAGGAGGAGAACAAUGAUGGUUCUCAAAAAAUAUCUGGAGACAGUCUGAAAAAUGUCUACAAGUCGUUUGUCAGUGAGUACCCCAUUGUAUCAAUUGAAGACCCAUUUGAUCAGGAUGAUUGGAUCCACUAUGCAAAGCUCACAGAAGAGAUUGGAGAACAGGUGCAAAUUGUUGGAGAUGAUCUUCUUGUCACUAAUCCAACACGUGUUGCCAAGGCAAUAAAGGAGAAGGCAUGCAAUGCACUCCUUUUAAAGGUAAAUCAAAUAGGUUCUGUUACCGAGAGCAUUGAAGCGGUUAAGAUGUCUAAACUUGCUGGCUGGGGAGUGAUGGCCAGCCACCGGAGUGGUGAGACAGAAGAUACUUUCAUUGCUGACCUCUCAGUUGGUUUGGCGACGGGUCAGAUCAAAACUGGAGCUCCAUGCCGUUCUGAACGUCUUGCCAAGUAUAACCAAUUACUGAGGAUCGAGGAGGAGCUCGGUGCUGCAGCAGUCUAUGCAGGAGCCAAGUUCAGAGCACCCGUGCAGCCUUACUAGAACAUGGAACUAUCUUUUCUGCUGUUACAGCCACAAAGUUUAACAGCUGCUCUUCUGCUGUUAAUUACUGGUUCUACACUUUGCAGACGUACCUGCGAACUAUCUUUUCUGUAGGGUUCGUGCAUCAGGAUAUGAGCUUGUGAUCAUGGAAAGACUAAUUUACUAGAAAAUAAGCUCUUUUGCUUUGUCCUGCCAAAAUAUGCAGUGGGACAUAAAACUUUUAUCCAAUCCCUGAUCAAGAAAAUUCCCAAUUUGCUAUC